AAGAGCUCGUGUGUGAUGUGUUUGUGUAUCCUCAGUGUUUUUCUCUCUUGAGUGUUUUAUUGAGUGUAAACAGAGUCUUGUCUCUGUGUAUUUUAGUGUUGAUGAUGAGAUGGAUGUGAUGUGCUGUAAAUCAGAAACUGAUCAGGGCUUACAGGAUGAGGAAUCUACUGAUCAAACCUCCACAGAGUCUCUGGAUUCUGUCUGUAGCGCUGGAGAACAGCAGCAGAUCCUGCAGACCAAACUCAAGAUGUGUUCAGUCAAACUCAUCGACUGCACGAACCUCACGAUGACGAUCAAAACUGAACCUACAGAAAUAAAAACUGAACCUACAGCAGAUGAAUAUGAAGACAAUCAGGAUGGUCAUGAUUUUAUUCCUUCAGAUGUGAAGAGUGAAUUAUGUUUGGAUGGAGAAAUGACGUCCUCGACUCUUUCCUGCAUCACCGAUGGAGAGACAUUGAGCUCACAGAGACAUUUAGAGAGAAAAAACACAGAACAUGAACAUCAUCUGAAGAAACACACCAGUGAGAGACCUGAUCAGGGCAGUGAAUGUGGAAAAACCUUUAAGGAUCCAGGUUCAUUGAAAAAACACCAGAAUAUUCACUCUGAAGAGAAACCCUAUAAGUGCUCACACUGUAAUGACAGUUUUGGGUAUAAAUCUGGUCUUAUAAUCCAUGAGAGAGUUCACACUAGAGAGAAACCUUAUCACUACAGUGUUUCUUGGAAGAGUUUUAAUCAAAAAGGUGAAAACACUUUCACAUGCUUUCAGUGUGGGAAGACAUUUGCUUAUUCAAAUUGCUUAAAAAUCCACGAGAGAGUUCACACUGGAGAGAAACCUUACGCCUGCUCUCAAUGUGGUAAGAGCUUCUCUGAUCCAUCUCGUGUCCGAAUUCAUGAGAGAAUUCACACUGGAGAGAAACCUUAUCACUGUAAUGUCUGUGGGAAGAGUUUUAAUCAAGGUAGCAGUUUAGUGUCACACCAGAGAACUCAUACAGGUGAAAAACCUUAUCACUGUGAUGUCUGUGGGAAGAGUUUUAAUCAAAGUGGCAGUUUAGUUUCACACCAGAGAACUCAUACGGGUGAAAGACCUUACAAAUGCUCUAAGUGUGAGAAGACGUUUGCUCAUUCACCUUCCUUAAAACUCCAUGAGAGACUUCACACUGGAGAGAAACCUCAUCACUGUAAUGUUUGUGGGAAGAGUUUUAAUCAACUUGUCAAUUUAGUUUCACAUCAGAGAAUUCAUACAGGUGAAAAACCUUACAAAUGCUCUCAUUGUGAGAAGACGUUUGCUCAUUCAGCUUCUUUAAAACUCCAUGAGAGAAUUCACACUGGAGAGAAACCUCAUCACUGUAGUGUCUGUGGGAAGAGUUUUAAUCAAAGUGGCAGUUUAGUGUCACACCAGAGAACUCAUACAGGUGAAAAACCUUACAAAUGCUCUCAGUGUGAGAAGACGUUUGCUCAUUCAGCUUCUUUAAAACUCCAUGAGAGAGUUCAUACAGGAUAGAAACCUUUCGUCUGCUCUCACUGUGGAAAGAGCGCUACUCGUAGAUAGGAGUUUUCCUUAAUCAAACAUGUUCUGAGGGCAGAAAGAAAUUCACAAAAACGACCAAUCAAAAUGCUCGUUACUGGUUUAAGCCCUCAGCGUAGCCUUCAAGGCUGCAGUGAAGCAUUUCGAGCUCACCGUUGGUUAGGUGAGUAGCGCAUAUAUGUUAAGAUAGGAAUGAGACUGUUUUUGAAUUCAGCUCGAUAUGUUUCGAGCAUUUAAGUGACGUGUUUCGCGUUUUCAUUUGUCCGUGGCACGUAUUGGUUAUUCAAUUGUUUUUCCUAUUUUCUUACCAUUGUCUCUUUCGCCCAACAAAUAAACUGGUCGACCAAUGAGAUCUGAGCAUUACGUCACAUUCACGGAGCCGCUGCUAUUACUCAAAAAGGAGAGACAUGGCCCUACAGCUGUGUUUCCCAGUCCUGGUCCUCGAAGACCCCCUCCCAGAAUGUUUUAGAUGUCUCCUUAUUUAAUAAUAAUAAUUUAUUUAUUUGAUUGGGACAGUGCAUGUUAAUGAACAAGCAUGACAAUCAUACAUGUAAACAUGCCGGAUUGUAGCGAAACGCUAAUUUCCAUCCGUAGUCCCAAGAGCUAAGAUUACACUAAUCUCAAAACGUUACAUGAUAUAAUUUACAUCUACAAUUAUACAUCAUUUAAUAAUAUUAGCUAAAACCUAUACAAUAUUCAAAUAUGACUUAAAAAACUCAUACAACUUCAGAGGUUCAUGUACACAUAUACAUGAAAAGAAAGACAUAAGAGAAAGAAAGGGAAAAAAAAUGACACACCUGAUUUAACAUGUUUACUGUUUUAAAAGGAGGCUGAUAAGUUGAAUCAGGUGUUUUAGAUAAAGACACAUCUAAAACGUUCUGGGAGGGAGUACUCAAGGACCAGGAUUGGGAAGCAUCGCACACAAAUCUGUAUUGACAGAGCGUGUCAUCACACCAUUGAAGCGAGUCAAUUUGAGCGAUUUGUAUUGUGCUUUUCACAGUUGUUUAUUGUAUCAGGUAGCUGUGCAUGAAAUUUAAAUAAAUAAAACUAUUAAUAUUAUUAUUAUUAAAGAAUUUUAAAAAGUUGCAAGUGCACAAAGAAUUCAGUUGUCUCUGGGCAAUCAUCAAUAUGGCAGCAUGAGGAUGGGCAUCAUAUUAAAACUGGAAUUAAACCUGUCUGUCUCAGAUGUCCUCAAAGAGCUAAAGACACCAAAUGGCUGAACCCACAGAGAACUAUUUUCUAAAAGACACUGAAUUCUGAUGAAAGUCAACAUCUGAAAACUUUCUCAAAGAGUUCACAUCUACCUUAAAGACAACCACCAAACUUUACAGCGACAGAAGAGUCACCUCACCAAGAUUACUCACAUUUGUUUCUUUCCUCACAAUCUCUGUCUCUUUCUCAAGUGUGAAACCAUACAUAUUUGGUAUCGUUGUGAUGGUCUCAGUGUGUCUGGUAAAAGGGUCUCCAUUCCUUUAAGUUAUAAAUAAAUAAACAAACACCAUUCGGUAAAACUAUGGGUAUUUAGAGGAAGGUGGCGGAGAAUUCUAGGAAUUUGUAAACCGAUUUUUUGCAUGAUUGCUGUGUAGACAUUUCUUAUGAUUUAUAAAUGUGUUAUAUAAGUUUAAAUGAUUUCUGAAUUAUCAUGUUGUUUACCUGGCUAAUAAAUUAUGUUAUGCUUGGAUUUAUUUGGCAUUACUCUGAAUUAUUGAAUACAAGUACAUUUAAUGUAUCCUUUGUUACCACAAAUCCACUAUUCCAGUAGGCGUAUUGUUCUGCAUUUGGUGCAUCAACUGGCUUUAAUUAUGUGGUCUGAUAAACUC